AUGGUGAGCUCCUAUCGUCUAAUGGAUCUUGGAUUUCAGGGUCCAAUGUAUACUUGGUGCAACAACCGUAAAGUUGGCUCUGACCAUUUAGAUUUGGUUGUGGACACUGAAGGUGGAGCUUUUAGAGACCGUCGUCCAUUUAUUUUUGAAUCUAUAUGGUUCAAUCACCCUGAAUGCAAAUCAGUUGCUAUUUCUACUUGGGGCAAUGUUGUAUCUGGUAAUCCAUCUGAUGUUAUCUCUCAGAAAUUGGAGCUUUGUCAAUCAGCCUAUACGACUUGGAAUAAAGUGGUGUUUGGAAAUGUUCAAUCUAAAAUUAAGAAGUACUUGCAUGAAUUAGAGCAGUUACAAUUGCUUCCAUCAUCAGACUUGAUCCAUGACCAAAUUGUGGUUACUACAUUGCUUGAUUUAGAACUUGCAAAUGAAGAAGAGUUGUGGCAUCAAAAAUCAAGGCAAUUAUGGCUUAAGGGUGGAGACAAGAACACUAGUUUCUUUCAUGCUUCAACUAUUCAAAGGCGCCAAAUGAAUCGUAUUCUCAAAUCAAAGAGGCCAUCAGGCUCUUGGACGGAAUCAGAGAAUGAGAUCUAUCAGGAGUUUCUUAAUCAUUUCAAUGAUGCUUUUUCAUCUGAAGGAAUCGAUGAGUCUGCUCUUCUUCAAGUUCUUAGCACAAUUGAACUAAAGAUUUCUAGAGAUACUAAUGAACAACUUUGCAAGUUACCUUCAUUGAAGAGGUUUAUAAUGCCCUCUUUGCCAUGA